UGCUGCUGCUGCUGCUUUUGCUUUUGGGGCUGAGUUUAAUAAGCGAGCGAGCGAGCGAGCGAGCAAGCGAACGCGGGGGGAAAAAGGCAGAGAAUGUCCGCCAUCUACCCUCCGCUCCUGGGCGCGCUCUCAUUCAUAGCAGCCUCUUCAUGAAUUACAGCUGAGGGGGGCGGGGGAGGGGGGUACCACACAACACCCCAGCAAACCUCCGGGCCCCCAGGCAUGGCUAGCUCGUGUGCCGUGCAGGUGAAGCUGGAGCUGGGGCACCGCGCCCAGGUGAGGAAAAAACCCACCGUGGAGGGCUUCACCCACGACUGGAUGGUGUUCGUGCGCGGCCCGGAGCACAGUAACAUACAGCACUUUGUGGAGAAAGUCGUCUUCCACUUGCACGAAAGCUUUCCUAGGCCAAAAAGAGUGUGCAAAGAUCCACCUUACAAAGUAGAAGAAUCUGGGUAUGCUGGUUUCAUUUUGCCAAUUGAGGUUUAUUUUAAAAACAAGGAAGAACCUAAGAAAGUCCGCUUUGAUUAUGACUUAUUCCUGCAUCUUGAAGGCCAUCCACCAGUGAAUCACCUCCGCUGUGAAAAGCUAACUUUCAACAACCCCACAGAGGAGUUUAGAAGAAAGUUGCUGAAGGCAGGAGGGGACCCUAACAGGAGCAUCCACACCAGCAGCAGCAGCUGCAGCAGCAGCAGCAGCAGCAGCAGCAGUAGCAGCAGCAGCAGCAGCAGCAGCAGUAGCAGCUGCAGCAGCAGCAGUAGCAGCUGCAGCAGCAGCUGCAGCAGCAGCACCAGUUUUUCAAAGCCUCACAAAUUAAUGAAGGAGCACAAGGAAAAACCUUCUAAAGACUCCAGAGAACAUAAAAGUGCCUUCAAAGAACCUUCCAGGGAUCACAACAAAUCUUCCAAAGAAUCCUCUAAGAAACCCAAAGAAAACAAACCACUGAAAGAAGAGAAGAUCGUUCCGAAGAUGGCCUUCAAGGAACCGAAACCCAUGUCAAAAGAGCCCAAACCAGACAGUAACUUACUCACCGUCACCAGUGGGCAGCAAGACAAGAAGGCUCCCAGUAAAAGGCCCCCCGCUUCAGAUUCCGAAGAACUCUCAGCCAAAAAGAGGAAGAAGAGUAGCUCAGAGGCUUUAUUUAAGAGUUUCUCCAGUGCGCCCCCACUGAUCCUCACGUGUUCUGCCGACAAAAAACAGGCAAAAGAUAAGUCUCAUGUCAAGAUGGGAAAGGUCAAAAUUGAAAGCGAGACCUCCGAGAAGAAGAAGUCAACUUUACCGCCGUUCGACGAUAUCGUGGAUCCCAACGAUUCCGACGCGGAGGAGAACAUGUCCUCCAAAUCUGACUCCGAACAACCCAGCCCUGCCAGCUCCAGCUCCAGCUCCAGCUCCAGCUUCACACCGUCCCAGCCCCGGCAACAAGGUCCUUUAAGGUCUAUAAUGAAAGAUCUGCAUUCUGAUGACAAUGAGGAGGAAUCAGAUGAGGCAGAGGAUAAUGACAAUGACUCCGAAAUGGAGAGACCUGUAAAUAGAGGAGGCAGCCGAAGCCGCAGAGUUAGCUUAAGUGACGGUAGCGACAGUGAAAGCAGCUCAGCUUCUUCACCCCUACAUCACGAACCCCCGCCACCUUUAUUAAAAACCAACAACAACCAGAUUCUUGAAGUGAAAAGUCCAAUAAAGCAAAGCAAAUCAGAUAAGCAAAUAAAGAAUGGUGAAUGUGACAAGGCCUACCUAGAUGAACUGGUAGAACUUCACAGAAGGUUAAUGACGCUGAGGGAGAGACACAUUCUGCAGCAGAUCGUGAACCUUAUAGAAGAAACUGGACACUUUCAUAUCACAAACACGACAUUUGAUUUUGACCUUUGCUCGCUGGACAAAACCACAGUCCGUAAACUACAGAGUUACCUGGAAACAUCUGGAACAUCCUGAGGAUACAACAACUGGAUGCAUCAAAAACUAUUGUUUUGUUUUUUUUUUUGGUUGUGAUUUUUUUUUUGUUUGUUUAUAUGAAAACACUCAGAAUGAUGCAACCAAAAGGGAAAAAAUAAAAAUCAAACAACCUUCAGCUUUAUUUUUCUUUAAAGCCAGUCAUCAUCUCUUGAUAAAGGAGAGGUUAAGCAAACCAGCCUCAGCGGACCACUCUUCUCUCCAAGGAAAUCCCCGGGAAGAGUUAGCCUGGAUAGCCUUGAAAACAAAUCAAACACAACACAAGAAAACUUAAAGAAUGUGUAUGGUAUCAUGUAUCUCUCUGUCUGUGGUGGUUCAUUCC